ACCAAGGAGCAGAUUGCAGCAAAGGCAGUGUCGGCCCAGCAAAUCCGCCAUCUGGAGGAUGUCUGGACUGGCAAUUCGUCAGCAACGCUGGGCAGCGCCGAUGCGGACGAUGCGGCGGAUGUGCAAAAGGUCUUGCUCAGAUACGAGGACGCCUACCAGUACCAGAAUAUAUUUGGCCCGCUGGAGGCGCAGACGGAAGACGGCAUUGCGGUGCGCUGGGACACGGGUUUGAACCGUCGCAAACUGGCGUACUUUCAGCUGCCAAAGUACGAGCUUGGUGAGCUGCGCCUGUCUUACUCUGGAGCGCUGUUCCGCGAGCCCUGGAAGGGCACUGGCAACAGCGACGAGAUCUGUAUCACUCAGGACUUUUCGGUGGACUUUAGCGCGAUGAAGAAGUUUGCUGUCAUGGAAAACUCGCUGCUGGGGCACACUAUUGAAAACACCGAGCUCAGCUUCCGCAUGCCCAGACUUAAUGCAUCGCAGAUUGAGGCUAUCCGCCUGAUCCAGGGCCCACCCGGGACUGGCAAGACUGUCACGUCAGCUACGCUCGUUUACCACUUGGUGCGUGCCAACACUGGCAAGGUGCUGCUCACAGAGAAGAUCCACAAGACCGGCCUGCGUGUGGAGUUGGAGUCGCGCAUCUCGCACCUGGAACUGCACACCCAGGCACUGAUGAACGACACGAUCCCGGAGCUGCAGAAACUGCAUCGCCUCAAGAUGCAGAUGGGCGAGCUGAGCCGGCGUGACCAGGACCGGUAUCGCAAGCUGCGGCAUGAGGCUGAGAUGGAGAUCCUGCGGUACGCUGAUGUCGAGCCUGGUGACAAGCGCCUGGCCAAGUUCCAGUUCCGCACAGUGCUGGUGGACGAGAGCACGCAGGCGUCAGAGCCCGAGUGCCUGAUCCCGUUGGUGCUGGGCGCGCGGCAGGUGGUUCUGAUCGGCGACCACCAGCAGCUCGGGCCUGUGAUCACUAGCAAGACAGCGCAGGCAGCCGGCCUUGGACAGUCGCUGUUUGAGCGCCUGGUGUUUUUGGGCUUGCGGCCGUACCGCCUGGUCGUACAGUACCGGAUGCAUCCGUGCCUGUCCGAAUUCCCAAGUAACUUCUUCUAUGAGGGGUCGCUGCAGAACGGCGUGACGGCGCAGGAGCGGACCAGGAACGAUGCAGGUAUCCCAUGGCCGAAUGCAAGCAAGCCGAUGAUGAUGCUGGCGUGCAAUGGCGUCGAGGAGAUUGCGUCCAACGGGACCUCGUACUUGAACAGGGCCGAGGCCAACGCGUGCGAGAAGAUCGUGACGCGAAUGCUCAAGGCUGGGGUCAAGCCGGAGCAGAUUGGAGUGAUCACGCCGUACGAGGGCCAGCGCAGCUGGGUGGUGCACCACAUGGCACAGGCCGGCUCGCUGGUCAGCGACUUGUACAAGGAGGUCGAGGUUGCCAGCGUCGAUGCGUUCCAGGGCCGCGAAAAGGACUAUAUUAUCAUGAGCUGCGUGCGCAACAACGAGCACCAGGGGAUCGGGUUCUUGAGCGAUCCGCGCCGUCUCAACGUGGCUCUAACGCGCGCAAAGUAUGGCAUGAUUGUGCUGGGAAGCCCCAAGGUGCUCAGCAAGAACCCGCUGUGGCACGAGCUGCUGUCGUUUUACAAGGCCAACAAUGUUCUGGUUGAGGGCCAGAUUGGCAAUUUGGUGCAGAGCGCCAUCCAGCUAAGUCGCCCACGUGCCGCAAAGACCAGCCGGUCGCUGGGCGAGCGUGGCAUGGCGCUGCAGGGUACGUCGGUGGCAGCCGCAGCCAGCAACAACCGGCUUGCGAAACUAGUUGGCCGCAGUACUAUGCGGUACAUUCCGCCUGACCUGGAUAUCGACGGACCUGGUGGCUCUGCGCGCACCAGCAGUCGUGCAAAGCAGGCUGGUCCAAAGCAGCAGCAGCAGAGCCAGGCGGCCGGCUCCUUGUACGAUGACUUCUUUGGCGCGCCCAUCACCCAAACCUCAAUGUUCACGCAGUCAUCGUAUAUGGAUGGCGGCUACAGCCAGUUUGCCACGCAGCCAUACGACUUAUCGUCACAGCCCGACACGGUGAACACGUUCAAUCCCAAGCUGCAUGCAUCCAUUAUGUUCAGCCAGAGCGACCGGGUGCAGCUGGGCAGUGAUGAGCAAGGGACCGGUGCCAGCGCAUCCAAGGAUACGAGGCAGACGCUGGCCAGCUCGCAGUUCAACACGGCAUAUACGGGCAAUGGCAGCCAGGCGUCCCAGGCGUAUCUGACCCAGGACCCGUCGUUUGGCAGCUCCCAGUUCACGCAGGAGUUCAUGGGGUCGCAGAACUUCACUCAGUACUGA